GUACGACCUAUUUCUGUCUGCAGUGAGAGUUGUUAUCCUGGUUUCAGCAAGAAAGUGAAAGAAGGAGAGCCAUUUUGCUGCUAUGACUGCAUCCCGUGCCCAGAAGGGAGGAUUUCAACUCAGGAAGGCUCUUCUAAUUCUUUUUCAGACAGAAGUGAAUGCUUUAGAUGCAAAGACAAAUACUAUCCAAACAAGAGACAGGAUUUCUGUAUUCCCAAGAUUAUAAGUUUCUUGACUUAUGAAGAACCUUUAGGGAUCGGUUUAGCAUCUCUUGCACUUUCCUUGUUUUUGACCACAGUUCUUGUGCUAAGUGUGUUUAUGAGGAACCAUGACACUCCCAUUGUCAUAGCCAACAACCGGGACCUGACCUACAUUCUCCUCAGCUCCCUCCUGCUCUGCUUCAUUUCAGUGCUACUAUUCAUUGGCCAGCCUGGAAAAGUGACCUGUCUUCUCCGACAAACAACUUUUGGCAUCAUCUUCUCAGUGGCUAUUUCUUCCGUCCUGGCAAAAACCAUCACAGUGGUUCUAGCUUUCAUGGCCACCAAACCAGGAUCCAGGAUAAGGAAGUGGAUGGGGAAAAAAUUGACCAGCGCCAUUGUUGCUUCUUGUUCUCUCAUCCAGGUAGGCAUUUGUACUCUGUGGCUGGCAAUGGGUCCCCCAUUCCCAGAUGUUGAUAUCAUCUCAGUGACUGAAGAAAUUAUCCUGCAAUGUAACGAAGGCUCUGUGACCAUGUUUUAUUGUGUGCUUGGCUAUAUGGGCUUCCUGGCACUUAUCAGCUUCACCACAGCUUUUCUUGCCAGGAAAUUACCUGACAGUUUCAAUGAAGCCAAGUUCAUCACCUUCAGCAUGUUGGUCUUUUGCAGUGUUUGGCUGUCCUUUGUCCCAGCAUACCUGAGCUCCAAGGGGAAAUACAUGGUGGCUGUGGAGAUCUUCUCCAUCUUAGCCUCGGGUGCUGGGCUUCUGGGUUGCAUCUUUUCCCCCAAAUGUUACAUCAUUAUCUUGAGGCCUGAGUUGAACAACAGGGAACAACUAGUAAGAAGAAAGGACUGGUUAAAAUAA